AUGGAUUUGAAUAAAUUAUGCGCGGAUUGGAAAGAAAUAGGAGGGAAAAAAUACAUAGUUAGAAAUAUGUUUGGAUGCUUGGGAAUCGUUGAUGAUCAUUUUGGAUUGAUUCCUUGCUCCUAUGGAGGUCCUUUCUUGCGCAAAAGAACUCGCAUGCCAUCAUUCUUCGAUAUUAUCACAAAUUCAGGCAAAAAAGUUGUCUCCAGAGAUGUUAAAUGCGAACCCGGCUCUAUUAAGACAAUUUGGUGCCAAGGUGGCAAAAUUGGCCUGUUAUAUCAGCCUGGCAUAAUUAAUGUUUACCGCAUUUCUGGUGAGCUUGUAGCAACAUAUCAAGAUGCGAACAAAUCCGACAUUAUACUCUCGUCAGAAUUUUACAAUGGAAUUGCAACUCUUCAUUCCGAUGGACAACUUACAGUUUUCGACUUUUCUUUGAAUAGAUUCCAUCCAUUCCAGAAAAUCAAUCUCGCUAGUCAGCCUCUUUGCAUGGAUUUCAUUCGUGGCGAACAAAAUGAAUGUUAUAUCGCUUUUGAAGACCAAUCAGUUUACGUAAUAAGAGAAACAGAAAUUGUUUUCGUCAAAAAAGUUCCGUUCGUUCCAAAUACAAUCCUUAUUUCCGCAACAGGAACUUAUCUUGCUAUUACAAACAAUAAUCGAAUCUACAUUUUCUCAAUUGCAUCCGAAGAAGAAUCUAUAUUCACAGCACCUUAUCCAAUCGAUUCCUUUGCAUUCUUUGAUGAAAACCGAGUCAUUGCAAUUAUCAACUCAAAAACUUACGUUUUUGGUGUUCCAAACAUCAAUUUCGAGCUUCCUUUCGCCAAGGCUUCUCUCGUUGUCCAAGAUACCGAUCAUACAAAGCUUUAUACUACGGAUGGAAUGUAUUUCAUCCAACCUAUUCCUUAUGCGAUAGGAUCACUUGUAAAGAACAAGAAAUUCCAUAAAUUGUUUACAAUGAGAGAUUUAUACGAAAAAGAAGAUCCGAAUUUCAUUACUUUACUCAGAGAAGUAGAAUCUGAAGCUCCCAGGUCAAUUUCAACACUUCUCUUUGCAGCACAAUCUGUUAUAGAUCCAACUCUCCAAGAACUCAUACUCAGUGUCGCAAUUUUCUUAAUUCAUAUUUUCGGAUUAGACAGAUCCGAAUAUAUUUACACAAUUAGGAAACUGCGUAUGCUGAAUACCAUCAGAUCACCUGAAUUUGGCUUCACAACUACAGCGCAAGGCUUAGAUUUGAUGCAACCAGUUCAUACAAUCGAAUUUGCCAUGGAAAUGAACUUCUACGAGUUCGCCUACAGAGCCUGUAACUUAUUUGACUACAAUUCUUCGCUUGUUGCCAUCAGCUGGGCCACUACAAUGUUUUAUCUCCACGGAGAUAAGUCUCUUUCACAGGUUAUUGGUAAAAUCGAGACUAUUCAGAGUCCAGACUAUGCAGCACUCGUCAAUGCCGCGAAGAGUUCGCAUAUGUCCUCUAAAUCUCAAGAAAUUUUAAUUGAUAGAGUCCGAAAUCCAAAGCAGAAGUGCAUUUUCUUGAUGAGACUUCCACAAGCUCAACCAUUAGAGUAUGCUUUGCACACUUUGGAUGGAGAAGCCAUAAUUCGAACAUUGUAUUUCAACAAAUUAAAAUUAACUCCUCCAGGAUUCCAAGAUGUCCUCACUUCCAACCCCAGAGCAUUGGAUCAUUACGUUGCGUACAAGAAAUUCGUUGAUCCAAAGGUUCUAACACAAGUCCCUGAUAUCAAUGUCGCCAGACUCAUGAUGUACUUAAUGUGUUACGAAGUUCCACCCGCCAGGUUCGGAAAACUACCGGAUCAGAUGUUCGCUUUGGCCAGAUUGAUGAAUAAAAAGACAGUUUGGUCUAAAAACGUCAGACGCCAUGGAAAAGCACUUCUCGACUUGGAAGAGAAGAAAGAGACAUUAGAACCAGGAGAGACACCAAGAGAAUGCGUAAGAAGGAUUUUCAAAGACGGAAAUCACGAACUCGCAAUGAAAGUGGCGAAAAGAUACCAUGUCACACCAAGAAUGUACACAAACAUACAGCUAAGUGUUUUCAAGGAAGUUGGCAACUGGAACUCCAUUGAAAACAUGGCAAACAUGAAACAACCUUUGUCAUACGAAGAAUUUGCCAAGUUUUGCGCUGAAAACGGAAACAAACCUGUUGCAAUGGUAUUCAUCCGAAAGAUGAAAUCAUACGAGAAAAUGAUUGAACUUGCAAAGUCUCUUGGAAUGGAAAAUGAAGCAAAUAUCCUUUAUAAUGAAUGGGUUAAGAGCGGAAAGAAGCCAAAAAAAUAA